UGUGAGCGCUCUGCGCAUGCGCGCUCAUCCUUCUCUCCCUCCUGACCUCCUCCCGGUUUCUGCUGCGCCGCAGCCGCUGAUCAACUUCUCCCGUGAAAGCCGCCCAAAAUCCUCCAUACAGAUCCAGGCACACACAUGAGGCAUGGCAGCUCUCUUCGGGAAGAUCCAGAUCGGCAUUUAUGUGGAGAUCAAGCGCAGUGAUGGAAGAAUCCACCAGGCCAUGGUGACGUCACUGAACGAAGACAAUGAGUGCGUGACGGUGGAGUGGAUUGAAAACGGAGACACAAAAGGGAAAGAGAUCGAUCUGGAGAGCGUAUUUGCACUAAAUCCAGACAUUGCACCUGAAGAGGAAAUCCCACAAAGUCCUGAGACCCCUCCGCCACCCGUGUCCAGUGCCAUCAAAAUCAACAAGAUCCCUCAAAACAAGAAUCGUCGAACAGUAGCGCCACCGAAAAAUGAAACGCCUGCAAGGGAUAACCGAGUCACUGUAGGUACGACUCGAGCGCGGCCGAGCCAACAGACCGAACCGCCUCCAUCAGCGCCCAUCCCGCCUCCACCCAUCCAACACCAGACCCUACAGCAGCAGAACGCUCGCAGGAAGUCCAACUGCGUGAAGGAAGUGGAGAAACUUCAAGAGAAGCGGGAGAAGAGACGAUUGCAACAGCAGGAGCUGAGAGAGAAAAGAGCACAGGAGGUCGAUGCCACAACCCCUAAUUAUGAAAUCAUGUGCAUGAUCCGAGAUUUCAGAGCGAGUUUGGACUACAGACCGCUGACCACUGCAGAUCUGAUUGAGGACCACAGGAUAUGCGUGUGUGUUCGGACACGUCCACUGAACAAGAAAGAGCUGACCAUGAAGGAUCUGGAUGUCAUCACCAUCCCCAGUAAAGACGUGGUCAUGGUCCACGAGCCCAAGCAGAAAGUGGAUUUAACCAGAUACCUGGAGAACCAGACGUUCCGCUUCGAUUACGCAUUCGACGACACCUCCACAAACGAAAUGGUGUACAGGUCAGUUCCCUUUCAGUCGGUCACUCUCGACGUCACGUCGGAUGACCGACGAAUUGCAAUUUUAAAUAAGUAUAAAGAAUGGCAUUGGUUUUUUAUACAUUUAAUUUUUACCAUGGGAGGAGAUUUUUCGGGGAAGAACCAGGAUUGCUCCAAAGGGAUCUACGCUCUCGCUGCACGGGAUGUUUUUCUCAUGUUAAAAAAACCAAACUACAAGAAGUUGGAUCUUCAGGUGUACGCGACGUUCUUUGAAAUCUACAGCGGGAAGGUGUUUGACCUUCUGAACAGGAAGACGAAGCUGCGUGUUCUUGAAGAUGGGAAGCAGCAGGUUCAAGUGGUAGGGCUGCAGGAGCGAGAGGUCAAAUGCACCGAGGACGUGCUCAAACUCAUCGAGAUGGGCAACAGCUGCAGGACAUCUGGACAGACCUCGGCUAACGCUCACUCGUCCCGCAGUCAUGCCGUGUUUCAGAUUAUCCUCCGCAGGAGGGUCAAAAUGCACGGUAAAUUCUCUCUCAUCGACCUGGCGGGGAACGAGCGAGGGGCGGACACGUCGAGCGCCGACCGACAGACACGGCUCGAGGGCGCCGAGAUCAACAAAAGUCUGCUGGCGCUGAAGGAGUGCAUCAGGGCUUUGGGUCGAAACAAACCACACACUCCGUUUAGAGCCAGUAAACUCACGCAGGUCUUGAGAGAUUCCUUCAUUGGAGAAAACUCUAGGACAUGUAUGAUCGCUACAAUCUCUCCUGGAAUGGCAUCAUGUGAAAACACAUUAAACACUCUGAGAUACGCCAACAGAGUGAAGGAGUUUGGGAUCAGUCCCUCCGACAUUCCCUUCUCUCAGGGGGGCGGCGGGCGCUCCGAACUCUCUCCUACCUAUGAGUACGAUGACUUUGCAACCUCACCCAGCAGGGUGAAGGAGCUGAACAUCGACCCCAGUGCGGUGAUGGAGGGACGCUCCGCCGGACACUCGCUCAGUCAGCUGGACGUGCUGGAGGCGCAGUGGGGAGUGGGCAGCUCUCCUCAGAGAGACGAUCUCAAGUUGCUCUGUGAACAAAACGAAGAGGAAGUGUCCCCACAGCUCUUCAACUUCCAUGAGGUGGUGUCUCAGCUGGUGGAGAUGGAGGAGCAGGUUCUGGAGGACCACCGCGCCGUGUUUCAGGAGUCCAUACGCUGGCUGGAGGAUGAGAAGGUUCUUCUGGAGAUGACAGAGGAAGUUGAUUAUGAUGUGGAAUCUUUUGCCACUCAGCUUGAGCAAAUCCUGGAUCAGAAGAUUGAUGUGUUGACAGAGCUCAGAGAUAAAGUGAAGUCUUUCCGCUCGGCUCUUCAGGAAGAGGAGCAGGCCAGUCAGCAGAUCAACCCCAAACGCCCGCGAGCCCUGUAGCCACACAGCACCAGCAGAACAAUCCCAUCAGCCCUCAUCUCACCAGUGUAUCUACAUGUGUAACCUGUACGUGAUGUGAUGCUUUCUUUCAGCCGACAAAAGCACAUUUUAACUGGAUAGAUGAUUUGAGUUCUUACUAAAUUGAAUGAGGAUAGAGUGUAAGGCCAUGAGAGGGCAUAUAGUGAGCUAAUGCAUGAACAAACCAGCUCUGCAUCAUCUGACUGGACUGUGUGUGUGUGUGAGAGAAUCCUGUAAAUAUGUCAUUGACUCAUUCAUGCUUUUCAGAUGUAUAUAUACUGCUCAUUUACUUGCAUAACAGUUUGCCAGAUAUUGAAAUGUGAUUUAUACCGUCCCAAUGGAAAAGAGCAGAUACAGUCUAGAAAUAGUUACAAUUAGGGAUGCACUGAUAUAGACAUUUCGACCACUUAUUUUUAUGACUACUAAUUAAGGAAACUUGUUUCCAACACAGGAUGACAAAAUAAAGGUACUUCAUUCUUUUUGGGAUGAA